AUUCCUUUCUCUCAGGCCUAAAUUACAUUUGUUUCAUCGGAGUGGAAGUUCACCGGUAUACUCUAAGCUCUUAUACUCUGACUUAUACUGCAUGUCGGCCCGUCGUAACUCCGCCCCGUCCAUCUCCGGCGGGAGAAUCGGAGGUGAUUCUCUCUGAUUCACCUCAAUCCGCACGGCCUCUUGCUAAUGGACCCCAAUGGAUCAACGGGGCUGCCUGCGCCGACCGAUCUGAUCGCCCAGCGAAAAGAUGCGAUUCAGGCAGCCAAGCAGCCGACAGCUGAAGGAGACGGGCUCUUGGCCCAGCUCACCAGCAAUCCGUUCUUCACCGCGGGAUUCGGUCUCGCCGGUCUAGGAGCAGGUCUGAGCUUUGCCCAGAAAGGCGUCCGGCAUGGCGCCGCGCUGCUUCGCCGGCGCAUGCUCGUCGACGUCGAAAUCAGCAUCAAGGACGACUCCUAUCCGUGGUUCCUCCACUGGAUGACCCUCUACCAACAGUCGCAACUCAACACCGCUCGGUCCGCCGCCAGCCGGUCUGGCUUCGUGGACUCCCUCCUCCAGAGACUGACCCCCGGAAUGCGCCACCUCUCCAUUCAAACGCAGAAAGUCGAACACGCCAACGGAUCGAUGCACACUCAUUUCGCGCUGGUGCCGGGCCCCGGGAAACACAUCCUGCGCUACAAGAACGCGUUCAUCUUCGUCAAUCGCAUGCGCGAGAAUAAGUCGCAGGAUCUACAGACGGGUCGCCCGUGGGAGACCAUCACGCUGACCACGCUCUACUCGCACCGCCAUAUCUUCGAGGAGCUUUUCCUGGAGGCGCAUGCCUAUGCGGCGCGGUCGCACGAGGGCAAGACGUCGAUCUAUAAUAGUUGGGGCACCGAGUGGCGGCUUUUCGGUCAGCCGCGGCGGAAGCGGCCCUUGGAGUCGGUGGUUCUCGACGAGGGCGUCAAGGAGAAGAUUGUGGAGGACGUGAAGGACUUUGCCGACAGCGGAAAAUGGUACUAUGAUCGCGGGAUCCCCUAUCGACGUGGUUACCUACUCUACGGCCCGCCGGGAACCGGGAAGAGUUCCUUCAUUCAGGCCCUUGCUGGGGAGCUGAACUACGACAUUGCCAUCUUGAAUUUAAGCGAACGGGGAUUGACCGACGACCGGCUGAACCAUCUCCUUACUAUCGUUCCUAACCGCACUCUGGUCCUGCUGGAAGAUGUUGACGCCGCUUUCUCGAAUCGACGGGAACAGACCGACGCCGACGGAUAUCGGGGCGCCAACGUGACGUUUUCUGGUCUGCUCAAUGCGCUGGAUGGUGUUGCCAGCGCCGAGGAACGGAUUAUCUUCCUCACCACCAAUCACGUCGAGCGACUCGACCCGGCUCUGGUUCGACCAGGACGCGUCGACAUGACCGUGCGUCUUGGAGAGGUGACUCGCUACCAGGUCGGCUGUCUCUGGGACCGCUUCUACAGCGAGUUGGACACGACCGGGGCCUACCGACAGGCAUUCCUCGAUCGGUUGCACGAGUUGGGACUCAUCGAGGAUGAGCAGGGACGAAAAGCCGAUCGGUCAAAGAGCACCAGCGCUGCUGCUCUGCAGGGCUUGUUUUUGUACAAUAAGGGGAAUAUGGAGGGCGCGAUCGCCAUGGCCGAAGGACUGACGGUCAGCCUCCAUGACGAGGCGAUGGAAUAGAGCCUGGCAUGGCGUUCACAUGUAUCAUAUUAUGAAUAUUGUUUAUACGAUCAUCUUUUUCUGUAAUCAAUGUGACUGCUGGAAUGGACGACGCCAAUCAUCGGCCUCGACAGUCUUGUCACCAUCACACUGACACAACGCUUCAGA